GAAUAUAUCUUGGAGGCUAUGGCACCGUGAACUGGUUCUAGUCAUACCUGCCACCUACACCAGACUCUGUAUCUCAUCCCAAUGUAUCGUCCAAUACCCGCACCCUCGUUUAUCCCCAUUACCGACCUUGUCAAGGUAGUCUAGCCUUUAGGCACACUCCCUUGCCUGCAUUCAACAUCCACGUAUCGACAUGUUCCAUCCCCUGCAUCCACAACGAGCCCUGUUGGUCCUGACCGCCCGCGCAUGCCCCAAUUUUCAUCAGGUGCCCCCGUAGCACCGGCUCUGUCCACUUCCUUCCGCCCCAAAAUGUCUUCGUUUGUAGGCCGAAUAGUAUUAGACUUGUACCAGACAAGGAGAAGGCGCCAUCGCCGGAUUCGCCUCAACCAACCCACCGCAGAAGUGUUUGAGGGACACACAGAUCUGGUGAAGGAAUUCGUGUGGAGGAUGAGAGUAUUAAAGGGAGGAGAGUACCAGCUCAUCACAUGGUCCAAGGACAGAACUCUCAGAUUACGGCCGGUUAAUGCUGAAACUAUGGAGAAAGUCGGCCAUACGGCUAGCACUCAAGCGCCUAAAUGCCCUCAUUUGCAAUGCUCACGUUUUUUUACAGACGAGUCUUUCCGUCAUCCACCAACAGCAUCUGAUGCCACCCGUCACUUCUAUCAGCACCUAUUGGGCCUCGCGGAAUUUUGGCUGAAAGGCAAAGAUCAUAAUCUCGUCCUCCAACCACACCACGGAUUUGCAGCACGGGCCCGUGGUGCACUGCUUCCCUCUGGACAUUCCUGGUUUCAACAUAUCUUUGGGGUGCCCACAAUGAUGACGAUGACAUGUGGUUAUGCACGUUAUGGCAGAGCUGCAAGUAUGGAUGCGUUUCAGUGGCUUUCAAGUAUCAAGCACACGCACCAUUCCCACAUCCAGCUGCAAUUUCUGCACGCGCAAUGACCGCGAGAUGCGCUGGAAAGCCUGAUAGCAGUGAUAGGCACCAGUGAAUGAAUGCGUCCAUCACAGAGAAAAAUAAGCACCUCCUUGUAACAUUAACGAGAGGUAGGCUUGAGGCCUGAGGAGGUACCAUGAGAGUGUCGAGCCCUUGUGCUUUUGCACAGUACGAGCAAUCAAUAAUUGAUCAUGAGUACUCACCAUAGGAGAUGAAUGUUGCAAUGUCAGCCAUAUAAGUGCAUAUCUCAUUGGCAGAC